AUGAGCCUCGCCCUGCAUUUCGCAAGACGCGAGCAUCGAAACCCUCAUAAGCCUAAACCCCCAAGUCUCCCUGGCCUAUGCGAAUGUCAGAGCCGACGCCCCAAAGCCAGUCAGGUCUUGCCAGAAGAGUUGGUCUCUGAGGACGUGUGGGACGCCCCUGGUUCAUCCAAUUCAAUAACACUCCGAUCUGUUGGUCUAAUUGUGGCGGUUUUGACAUUGAUGGGCAAGACCUCCCAACACUCAACGAAGCAUCCGAUGCAGCAGGUCGAUGUCGAGGUUGCGAUGCUAUGCCCAUACCAUCAAACUGGAGAUGUGUGA